GUUAUUGUUAUGAUUAUUUAUGGUCCUACUGCUACGUUGACAGUACGCGAAGGUGGAAUGCAUAAUCCAACCUUUUUAUGGGACGAUUUUUUAAAUUUUUGCUCAAAUAAUUGUACAUUUUGUUACUAUGUGAUUUGACAGUUUAAUUGGUUUAUCUUCGUUAUUUGUGUAUAGUGAAACUAGUCAUAAGUUGAUUGUUGUUAAAAAUGGAUAUUGAAACAGAGAAAAUUAUUGACUUGUUAUUUCCUGAGGGCAUUCCAGAAUCAUGGAAAGACAAUCCAGAUUUUUAUCAAUACUUAUCAAAAGUUGGAGGAUACGAUGUAGAUGGAUUGCUUAAAGAACCAGAUCAUCUUGCAGAUGAAAAAAAUGCUGUUCAACAAAGCACGCAAGAGCUAGUUUUUUCCAACUAUAAAAUAUUUCUUCGCUCUGCUGAAGAUUCUCGAGAGAUAUUUAGAGAGUUUAAUCAAACAGAAGACCGAUUGGAUGGCUUACUGGAAAAAAUUCCACAAUUCAUGAAUAAAUGUAAAUCUUUUUGUAAUACUUCAAAGGAUAUAAACACUCAUAAAAGACUGAAUAGCUUAAUACUUAGCAAAACUACAGAGCUUUUGGAAAUUUUAGAACUACCACAAUUAAUGGAAUCAUGUUUACGAAGCAAUCAGUAUAGUGAAGCCUUGGAGCUUUCACAAUAUGUGAGACAUUUAGGUGCAAAACAUGGAGAUAUACCAAUCAUUGCUAGUAUAGUAAAUGAAAUUGAGAACAGUUGGUCUAUAAUGGUGAAUCAGGUUGUAAAUUCAUUAAAAGAAGAUUUACCACUUCCUCGAUGCCUGCAGCUUAUUGGCCUAUUGCGCUCUAUGGAUGCUUUUACAGAGUCUGAACUACGUAUUAAAUUUAUCCAAGCGCGAGAUAGUUGGCUGCAAGCAUUGUUAGACUCUAUUCCUGCUGAAGAUCCUAAUAUUCAUUUAACGAAAACAAUUGAACUAUCAAGGAUACAUUUAUUUAAUAUUAUAACACAAUACAAAGCAAUGUUCAAUGAUGAUGAUCAUUUAGCCUUUGGAAGAGAUAGUAUAAUAAAUGAUUCAGCAAUAUUUUAUCAAUGGUUAGAAGAGAAGGUAUCACAAUUUCUUAAAACUUUGGAACAAGAUUUACCACAUGCCACAUCAAUUGAUUCCAUACUUGGUCAAUGUACAUACUUUGGAUUAUCUUUUGGAAGAGUUGGAGCAGACUUUACGGGUCGCAUGUCCGAUAUAUUUAUAAAAGUAAUAAGUAAUAAAUUCGAAAGUAAUGUUUCAAAAACUACAAAGAAGUUUGAAAAGGACAUAGACAAUUUUACAUUAAUACAUAAAUCUCAUAAAUCAGAUACAAAAAUUGAAACUGUUAUGAAUUCUGAAAAUCCACCAGAGCAGUUGGUGGAGUAUUAUCCACUUGCUGAAUAUUGUAAUGGCCUUAUUGCAGCAUUUAAUGAGUUAAGAUUAAACACUCCAGUAGCUCUUGCUCAAUCAUUUACAAAUUUAUUACAAAAUUCUCUCCACACAGUUGCUAAAACUAUGUUUUCCUACUACAAGAAACGUCAAAAGAAUUUCACACCUGCUGAUAGGGAAAAUAUGGUCAGAUUCACUGAGUGUUUUAGUGAACAAUUGAUUCCUUAUAUUCAGUAUUGUAUACAUGCUCUAUUUCCUCCAAAUCAAGUAGCUACACAUCUUGGUACUUCAGUCAGUCAGUUACAGAAGGAAGAAAUAUCAUAUUUGAAUCAAAAGUCUAUUGUUGAGCCUUUAGAGUCACUUUUACCAAUUAAAAAUAUUCCCAUGGAUAUUUAUAUGCCAGACAUUUCUCCUAAGGAUACUAUCAAUGCAGAUUCUAAUAUUGAGAUAGAACCAUCCCAACACGAGCUCAUAAAAGAAGCUGCUGCAGAUGUGCAGCCUAUAGAAGAAAUGAUUACUAGUACAUCUCAACAUGAACUCAUAAAAGGUGAUCCAACACAUGUAACUACAGGAGAAUUGAUUGCUAAUACAUCCCAACAUGAGCUCAUGAAGGAAGCUGCUACAGAUGUACCUAUAGCAGAAUCGAUUAGUAGCACAUCCCAACAUGAACUGAUAAAAGAAGCUGCUACACAUUUACUUACUGAGGAUUCAAACAGUAGUACAAUCACUCACUCAAAAGAUAUAUUAGAAGCUGUGCAGGACUUGGAAAGCUCAACAAUCAAGGAAACUUUAACAGCAGAUCAUGAUGCUAUUGAAGUUGGUUCUAAAGUAAAUAAUUCAUAGUAACUAAAUAAAAUAGACUUUUUAAAUAAAAAA